AUGGGCAGGCAUACCUGUGGGUGGCGGUGGGCCGCGGGGCACGGCGUUGGGCCUUGGGGGCGGCGGCGGGGGCUUGUGGGGCGGCAGCGGGCCGCGGGGCCGUGGCGUGGGAUCUCGGGUGCGGCGGUGGGCCACGGGGGCACGGCAUGGGGCCUCGAGGUUGGCGGCGGGGGCCUGCAGGGUGGCAGAGGGCCACAGGGCCGCGCGUGGGACCUCGGGGGUGGCGGCGGGGCCUGCGGGAUGGUGGCGGGCCGCGGGGGCACUGCGUGGGGCCUCGGGGGUGGCGGCGGGCCUCGGGGCCGCGCGUGGGACCUCGGGGCGGGAGCAGGCUGCUGGGGCAUGGCGUGGGGCCUCGGGGGCGGCGGCGGGCCUCGGGCCACGGCGUGGGACCUCGGGGCGUCGGCAGGCUGCGUUGCCGCGGCGUGGGACCUCGGGGCGGCAGCGGGGCCCGCGGGGCGGCGGCAGGCCUCGGGGCUGCGGCGUGGGACCUCGGGGCGGUGGCGGGUCGCGCUGCCGCGGCGUGACAGUUUUGGUUGA